AUGUUUUAUGUUAGAACAUGUCAAAAAUCAUCUGUUCGGAAGCAUGUAGUCCAACUGCUCCUGUCACUGGUCGACGUUGACGUGGAAGCCAAUGCAUCUUCCAACGAUAUAGAGGUUCAAUUGGAAAACCAUGCAGUGAAAACAUUUCAGCAGGUCCACGUUCUGUCCAAUGACACCGCAGGGGGUGCACAAAAUGAGACAAGUCCAGUCACUCAUAAUGAUCAGAACGCCACGCUUAACGACGCCGGCAGCAACGCGACACUGGACGACGCCGUGAAUGCCACGCUUAACGACGCCGGCAGCAACGCGACGUUGGACGACGCCGUGAAUGCCACGCUUAACGACGCCGGCAGCAACGCGACGUUGGACGACGCCGUGAAUGCCACGCUUAACGACGCCGGCAGCAACGCGACGUUGGACGACGCCGUGAAUGCCACGCUUAACGACGCCGGCAGCAACGCGACGUUGGACGACGCAGUGAAUGCCACGCUUAACGACGCCGGCAGCAACGCGACGUUGGAUGACGCCGUGAAUGCCACGCUUAACGACGCCGUGAAUGCCACGCUUAACGACGCCGUGAAUGCCACGCUUAACGACGCCGUGAAUGCCACGCUUAACGACGCCGUGAAUGCCACGCUUAACGACGCCGUGAAUGCCACGCUUAACGACGCCGUGAAUGCCACGCUUAACGAUGCCGUGAAUGCCACGCUUAACGACGCCGUGAAUGCCACGCUUAACGACGCCGUGAAUGCCACGCUUAACGACGCCGUGAAUGCCACGCUUAACGACGCCGUGAAUGCCACGCUUAACGACGCCGUGAAUGCCACGCUUAACGACGCCGUGAAUGCCACGCUUAACGACGCCGUGAAUGCCACGCUUAACGACGCCGUGAAUGCCACGCUUAACGACGCCGUGAAUGCCACGCUUAACGACGCCGUGAAUGCCACGCUUAACGACGCCGUGAAUGCCACGCUUAACGACGCCGUGAAUGCCACGCUUAACGACGCCGGCAGCAACGGCAACGCCACACUGGAUGACGCCGGCAACCACAGCAAUGCGACUCUUAAUGAUGCCAAUGAGCCAAGCAACCACACAUCCAGUGAAAAGGGGAGCAGAAGGCGAAGACGUGCUAUGCCCUUGGAAAGAACCCUUCGGUGACAAUGGAGGGACUGACAAACUAAAUGAACUGCUGUACACCAAAAACAUUUUGGGAUCUCUGGAUAAAGAUGUGUUGCAUAGGUACUGCCUACUUGUCUCUUAAAUAAAAUCUUAACUU